AUGGAGGCCUCCUGGUCUUCGCCGGUGAGCAGCCUGGACGCCGCAGACCCGCAGCUGCAGCAUUUCGUGGAGGUGGAGAUGCAGAAGCAGCGGCUGCAGCUGCUGGUCCAUCACAUGACUGAGCUGUGCUGGGAGAAGUGCAUGGACAAACCGGGGCCCAAGCUGGACAGCCGGGCCGAGGUCUGUUUGGUGAACUGCGUCGAGCGCUUCAUCGACACGAGCCAGUUCAUCCUGAAUCGACUGGAGCAGAUCCAGAAGGCCCGGCCGUUCUUCUCCGACUGA